AUGAAAUUUUCCUCUUUCGCUGCGGCGUUGGCUCUGGCAGCCAGCGCAUCGGCUGCCGCAUUGCCCCAUGCCUCCUCCAAUCUUGACCGGCGGGACGCCACCUCCCACGAGAUCUCCGGGUUUUUCAGCAAGAGUUGCACCCGCGAGAAGAUGACCGUUCGGAAGGAAUGGCGCAAUUUGACCAAGAAACAGCAGGACAGCUUCCUCGACUCGAUCCAGUGCUUGAUGGACAAGCCCGCCAAAUCCGGACUGACGGCGACGACCAGCCGCUUCAGCGAUCUCCAGGCCCUGCACCGCGGGAUGACCAACACGGCCUACGCUGAUAUCAUCCACCAUGUGGGACAAUUCCUCCCGUGGCACCGCUACUACAUGCACAUCUACGAGACUCUCCUUCGGGAUGAAUGUGGUUACAAUGGCCCUCUCCCCUGGUGGGAUGAACAAAAGGACGCGGACAGUGGGAACAUGUGGCAGUCGUCCAUGUGGGGCGCCGACGCCUUUGGAGGCAAUGGCACUGGAUCGGACCUCUGCGUGCGUGACGGCCGCUUUUCGAACUACACCUUGCACAUUGGCCCCGGGGAUGAGGACACCGACUACUGCUUGCGCCGCGCAUGGGACACCGAGAAUGUCAUUGCCAAUGCCAACAGUACUUCACUCGACAUGUGCAAUGCCUACAACACCUUUUCUCCUUGGUGGGACUGCAUCUCCAACAUCCCCCACAAGGGCGUGCACACCUACAUCGGUGGCGUGAUGGCUGAUAUCAAGUCCUCCCCCGGCGACCCGAUCUUCUUCAUGCACCACGUGUACAUUGACCGGGUCUGGUGGCUGUGGCAGAAGCAGGACCCCAUCAACCGGUUGUACGACAUUAGCGGCCCAACCCUCAACCACACGGCCAACGUCGAACCGGCCGGUGGCUGGCAGAACGCCACCCUUCACUACGAGCUCUCGUCGUUCAACAUCAUGCCGAACACCACCAUUGCCCAUGUGAUGAACACCCAGGGAGGAUACCUCUGCUACGGCUAUGAGUAG